UGCUGUGCGACCGAAGUUGCAAAAACAUCAACACACACUCAACUCAGCAUCAGACGAAUGGACGAACACAUGCUACAAUCAGCAAUCACAUCACAAAGUAUAAACUAAACUUUGUUCAAAGUAAAAUAUUGAUGUGCAAACUGGUAACUCUUUACUGGUUUACUGUCGUCGUCAGUAGUGCACUGUAAUUGCUCUAGAUUUCUUGCGAUACUCGCCAUCAACCUGGCCAUGGAAUUUCAAGCAGUUAUAAUGGCAGGGGGCCGGGGAUCUCGUAUGACUGACCUAACAGCAAGCGUCCCCAAGGCACUUCUUCCGGUUGGUAACAGGCCAGUGAUCUGGUAUCCUGUCAACAUGCUGGAGAAAGCUGGCUUUGAGAGUGUAAUCAUCAUCACAUUUGAGUCGGUAAAACGUGACCUCAUCCAAGCACUUCAGUCCGUCAGUGAGCUCUCCAUCCGGCUGGACAUCGUGACGAUACCCAGCGAUGACGACUGGGGGACAGCAGAAUCAUUGAGAUUCAUACGGGAUAAGAUUAAGACUGAUGUGCUCGUAGUCAGCUGUGAUCUGAUCACUGAUGUAGAACUACAUCUAUUAGCGGAUGUGCACAGAACGUACGACGCUUCACUCACAGUAUUACUGCACACAAUGGCCGAGCAGUCCACCGAGGGCGUUUCGGUUCCUGGAACAAAAUCCAAGAGGAAAACGGAACAAAGAGACAUCGUUGGUUUAGACGAGAAAGGGGGAAGAAUAUUAUUACUAGCAGCUGAAGCCGACAUCGAUGAAGCGCUCUCUGUCCGGAAAUCAGUUCUUAGAAGGUAUCCCUUCAUACAAGUGAAGACACGGUUGAUGGAUGCUCACAUGUACAUCUUAAAGAAAUGGGUCAUUGACUUCUUGGCAGACAACAAAGUAGGAAGUUCUUACUCAACGGUGAAGGGGGAACUGAUACCCCACCUCGUCAAGAAACAGUUCUCACGACGCAAGACAAAUCAAGAAGUUCCCACAGAACCUGACUCAUUAGAACCUCUGGACAUUGAAGAGAUUGAAGAUAUUUUCAACUAUGAUAAAGAAGACGACAUGACCAAGAAAGUUCGUACAAUGUCGUCAUGGAACGAACACACGGGGGCGAUGUCCGACUAUUUCCAAGAGGGAGACACGUUACGCUGUCACACGUACGUCAUGGACAGUGGAUUUUGUAUCAGAGCAAACACAAUGGCAGCUUACUGUGAGGCUAAUAGGCAGAUCCCACAACAAAAGCAGCUUCUUGGUGAUGACCCGUUGUUCCACCCUACAGCAACCAUCAAGGCUAAGAGUCAAGUGGGACAAGAUUCCAUGGUAGGGGAAGGGUCGAGCGUCGGAGAGAAAGUUUCAAUCAAGCGAUCUAUCAUCGGCAAGCAUUGCACCGUCGGAGACAAAGUCAAGAUUAUCAACUCGGUGCUCAUGAAUCAUGUGACCAUCGGCGAGGGGUGCACCAUACAGGGCAGUGUUAUCUGUGGAGACACACACAUAGGAGAGAGCAUUGAGAUGAAAGACUGCCUUGUUGGUAGCUCACAGAAACUCUCACCUAAAGCUAAAUACAGCAAUGAGGUCAUUGGUGACGCAGACAGGAUGAUGGAGAUAUGAUGUCACAAGGUCAAGGGUCAAACCAGAAGAGAAUGAGAUUGCCAGACUCCUGUCAUAUUCACGGUUUCUUUUAUUUAUUUUCUAAACAGAAUUUAAUCAUUAUUACACCCCUUCAGUAAUGGUACACCCUCCGGAGUUCAAAGAUCACUCUUGAUUUUUCGGCAAUAUUUAAAAAAAAUCCUACCAGCUUUUGAAAUGAAAUUUCCACAGUUUAGUAAUACGGUAUAUACAAAUAUUGUGGGAUUUAAACGGACAGUGAGUUCCAAUACCAAACAUGUACAAUCCAUUCAAAGGCAUCCAGUUUUUGGUUAGAGUCUUAAUACUUAGUUUCUUUUAAAUCUGAAGGCUCAUAUAAAAUUGAUACGAACUUAUACAUUCUGUAGUUUUCAAUUGUGUUCGACACAAUUUUGCUGCCCAACAAAUUUGUUCUACAUGUUGAAAUGCGUUUGGCAUCUUUUGCACAAAUCAGUUUUCUUAAUGCUCCCUAAAAACUGGACUUAAUAACAUGAAUUUGAUUCUACUUGUAUUUAAGUAUUGUUUUGAGUUGGAGUUUGGAAGAAAAUUUAUUAACGAAAAGCUUAUACUUUGUUUUACUUGCGUAUUUAUCAAAUUUUGCCUUAAAAUGUGCAUAUUGCUAUAUCCUUGUGUAUUUUAUCAAAUUUUGCUUGAAAAUAUGCACAAGGGUACAGCCUUGCGUACGAGUCCAAUAUUUGUCCCUAAAAUGUACACAAGGCAAUGUACUUAGCCUUGUGUACUCAUGAUGAUGACACGUAUGUUCGCUCUGUCAUCAGUUAGUCUAUUGGACGUCUCGUCUCUUGCUCAGAACUGAAAAAUGAGUCCCAGCAAGACCCUUUGCUUUAACAAGUGUGCCACUUUCUCCAAACAGAGUGGCCUAAGUGAUGACAGGGCCACAGUUUGUUCCUACCUAUCCCCCUACUGACCAACAUGUGAUGCACCAUUUUGUCUCCCUUUGUCUCCUUUUGUCGCCACGCGUUGUUCUCAGCGAGCCACGACCCAGCCCCGAUAUCUCAAAGACUUUGACUACAUAAAUCAGACUUUGCCUAGCUUCUCAGAACUUUGAAAAAGGGGAGGGGGGAUAUGUUGUGUUUACAAACUCGUUAUUAUUCCAUGUACAUGUAUUGUUUACUUUCUCUAAUGUAACAAUGAGGGUGCCAUUUACGGACUGCUUGUUACGCUCUCAGGCGGGCGCCAUGUUUUCAUGGAGUUCAGGUAUUAAUAAAAGUUAAUGUUGCAGCAUAUGCUCUGUUCUUAUGUGUUUACCUUUACAAACACCACAGCCAUGGUAGUGGUAUCUUAGCAGCUUUGGAAAACGUCACCUUGCGUAGUUACGUAAGAGACACAGUGAACAC